UUUUUGCAACUUCAUCAACAAGUUAAACAGUGAAGAAAUGCACUCCGAUUUGUUCAUCUCUUUUUUUUUUUUAAAAUAUACUACCAUCAAAAACCCAUCCUAACCCCUUCUCCUCCUCUGGCUCUGUGACGCCCGAUCCUAAGAAGAAUCGCCAUGGAUGCUGAAGCUGACCCACCAACAAGAUCGCGAACCGAAAGGCACAAGUGCUUUGCAUGCUACAAGCAAUUCAAGAAAAAAGAACAUCUUGUUGAGCACAUGAAGAUUUCCUACCACACACCUCAUCAGCCUAAAUGUGGGGUCUGCCAAAAGCACUGCAAAUCUUUUGAAUCUCUGAGGAAUCACCUUACUGGCCCAUUAUCACGGGCUAGUUGUUCGAGGACUUUCUCUGCCCAAGGUUGUGAUCUCUGCUUGAAACUCUAUGAUAGCCCCAGUUCUCUUGGCAAGCAUAGAGAAAUAUGCCACCUAUCUGCUCCUGCUUCCCUUGGAACAAAGAUAUUGGCUUUUGCAGGAUCUGUUGAUGAAAAGUACACCACCAAAGGUGCCAAAGCCAUUGCUAUCAACUGUGGGUUGGUUGGUGGUGGAACCGAUGGAUCACUUGACCUUUGCGCAAGGGUGUGUCUGGUUGAUGAAGAUGAAAAUAUUAUUUUCCAUACAUAUGUUCAACCUCAAAGUGCUGUUACCGAUUACAGAUACGAAAUAACUGGAUUAACUGAAGAGCAUCUAAGAAAUUCGAAGUCUCAUAAGGAAGUACAAGACAGAAUUCUGGAAAUUUUGUACAAUGGAGAAUCUGCGAGGAGACUAAUGUCAGACAGUGGAAAGGCUAGACUGCUUGUGGGUCAUGACUUGAAGCGUGGUUUGGAUUGCUUGAGGAUAAACUAUCCUGGUCAUUUGCUGAGGGAUACUGCAAAAUACCGACCAUUGUUGAAAACUAACCUGGUUAGCCACUUGCUGAAGUACCUCACCAAAACAUAUCUUGGCAGAAAAGACUGGAAUUUCUCAUCAUGUUCGUCAAAGAGGAUUUGGGAAAGAUGGUAUGAUAUCCAGACAGGGGAACAUGAUCCAUACGUAGAUUGUGUUUCUGUUAUGAGACUGUACAAGAGAAUGCGUGCUCAAGAUCAUCAAGUUAAAGGAAUUGGAACUCCAAAUUCAGACAGCGGUUUUGAGUCCCAGAAAGCAGAGGAACUCGAGAACAUGACCCCAGAUGAGCUAUACCAGAUCUCAAAGUCAGACUACAAAUGUUGGUGUCUAGAUUCAAGUACAGCAGCAGGGCUUAACAGUUGAUUUUUAGUCUCUCAUCUGUUGAUCUUUGUGCACUCAGCGGGACAAUAUUUUGCUGCUCAAAGAAAUAGGAAUGACGUGAUGUGCUGCUAGGUAUGAAGGAUUCGUGUACAGUUUUUGCUGUAAUGCAAAGUGAAGCAUAUAUUCGCGUAGUUGUUUAUAUAUGUUUGUUUACAUUUCUUGAAAUCUAAAGCAAACGGGAGAGUUUCUAAUA